UAUCCUUAGCGUGUCCCUACAAUGAUUUCAGUUGAGAUGGGUACUUCACCUCAAGAGUAAAAAUGUGUACCCUUUUAAAUGUAACCCAAGCAUUUCAAUAGCAACCAUCACUUGUGCCUGAAGAUUGAUCCCACAGGACCAGGAAGGAAAAAGUUAGAAUGUUGGCACGCAAGCUUUGUUUUCCGUUGAGUUGAAGAACUGUGCUGUCUUGAGAGAACUCGUCGGACUGGUGUGAAUUCUAGUGUGAAAAAGAUGUUUUGAUUUUAGAUGUUGCAAUGGCUGAUGACAAAGGACCCUUUCUCACGUCUUGUAUCAUUUUUUACCUAUCGAUUGGAGCAGCCCUGUUUCAAAUACUGGAGCAACCGAAUUGGAAAUUGGCCACGUUGGAAUACAAGAACGAGAAGGACAGAAUUCUUAACACAUAUCGGUGCUUACAAAAAGAAGACUUGGACGAAAUUUUGAGGGUUGUGUCCCAAGCUGCUGGACAAGGUGUGACCCUCACUGGGGAAAAGAACUACGAGAACUGGGACUGGGGCAACUCUGUCAUCUUUGCUGCCACCAUCAUCACAACCAUAGGUUAUGGAAAUGUGGCUCCCAAGACGGCGGGUGGCCGUGUGUUCUGCAUCCUGUACGGUCUCUUUGGUAUCCCUCUGUGUCUCACCUGGAUCAGUGAGCUGGGCUCCUUCUUCGGAUACCGAGCCAAGCGCCUGAGCCAGGUUCUGAUCCGUAAAGGCCAGAGCGUGAAAAUGGUUCAGAUUACAUGCACAAUGGUUUUCCUUCUCUGGGGACUUCUGUUUCAUCUGGUGCUCCCCCCACUGGUCUUCAGGAGCUUCGAGGGCUGGACCUACCUGGAGGGGCUGUACUUCUCCUUUAUCACCCUCACCACUGUCGGCUUUGGGGACUACGUCGCAGGUGUCAAUCCAAGCAUUGACUACCCAAGGCUAUACCGGGUGGGUGUGGAGUUAUGGAUGUACAUGGGUCUGGCCUGGCUCUCUCUGUUCUUUAGCUGGAAUGUCCAUAUGGUAGUGGAGGUCCACAAGGUCUUUAAGAAGAGGAGGCAGAGACACAGGCUCCCUCCGGACCAACGGCACCACCCCGAAAAGGACAAACAAAUCACCCCCCUACAACGGCCCAUGGCCAUCGACAUCUUUAACUUCCUGUCUGAGAGGGAAGCGGAGGACUACAGCACGGUCAUCAAGAAGAUUGGCGUUGUGGCCAGGAAGAAGGUGAUUCCGGAGGAGGUGUUGGGGCGCUCCAAGAGCUGUAGUGACCUCCUGGAGAUCUGCACCCUGGAACACUCCCCUCGGCAGAGACGCCGCUUCAGCAUCGGUGAACCCGUAUUCGUCCGGCCCCCAGAGUCCUUUGCGAUGGCGCAGGAGGAGGAGCCGUUGCUUCCUCAGGAGGACGACAGCGAUCCGGCGCCCCAGGAGAAACUUCUGGAUAAGGUCACCACAGGUGAGGCACAAGAGGGUGGCCGUGUAGACGACCCGAACGAGACCCCCUGUCCUGGCAACUCUCGACACACCUCCAGCACCAGCACAGAAGAGAGUGUCCUGCACCCUAGGGGCGGCUCUACCAGGUUUACCAUAUCCAAGGUAGUGAUGGGAGAUGGGAGAAAGGACAAUGACGAGAACGGGUGACGCUAGUCAUGAUCCCGAAUGACACAGGAAAGUUUCCGUUUCAUAUUUUGUGCGUCAAAACAAUUUUUGACAAAAAAACGGCAGCUUUGGUACCUCGAUAAGCACACACCUGACGGGUAUUCAGCAGUUAACCGUUGCAAAGAAACAAUGAGCCUCCUAUUGAGUUGGCUGUGUUCUUAGAGCUCUCCAAGCUUAUUUUCUCUUUAAAUUGUUUUAAUGACACAAUUGGAGGAUUCUAAAAGUAAGUUGCACUACAUCGUUUACAUUUUCAUAUACACUGUUCUCAAACUGUUCGUUUGAUUCUACAGAAGUCUUAUCUACUACUGUAUGAAUUCAAUGCUUUGUUAUAACAAAUGUAAUGUUUCCAAACCAUAAAAAACAAUGGUAUGUCUUUUUAAUAUGUCAA